AUGUCAAAACGAGGCUCGUCCCGACCAAAACGUGUGCCGCCGGACCAGCAGAACGCGUUGGCAGCUCGGUCGCCGCUCGCAGCCGCGCUCAGUGGAGCCGCCAUCCCUCUCGUGGUGGGAGUGCUCCUCGCCUGCGUCCUGCUCGCCUGGCACCGCCACCGUCAGCGGAACAAGCCGCCGGUGGAUGACUACUACGCCGUUCUGGACGUGUCCCCGCAAGCCACUACGGCUGAGAUCCGCACGGCCUAUCUCGCAGCGGCGAGACGCCUCCAUCCCGACAAGACAUCCUCGCCAAAGAGGGCUGGGAAGGGGGGCGGCGGCUCGACGGCGGUGGAGGAGGGCGACUUCCUGCGGGUGCAGGCUGCGUGGGAGACGCUGCGGUCAGAGCGGCGGAGGCGCAACUACGACGCGAAGCUUGCUCGCCAGAGGGAGGCGCUCGGGCUCGAAGACCCGAGCUCGAGCUUGCUGCAGGGAGCCUCGGGCGACUGCGGCUGCUGCCUCGGCUGCGUCUUCUCGGGAGGCAAGCUCAAGUCCCUCGAGAGUGCGCCACCGCCAGAAGAGAAAGGCGAAGCUACCGUGCCGGAAAGCGCUCCGUCGGCAGAGCUGGACCAGUGA